AUGUGCCACUUUCAGGUCUCCUCACACUGCUGGUGUGUUCCAUUUUUUGUCAUAGGGUGCUGGCAGAUUACGGCCUCCCAUAGCUGCUGCCAGGCCCCUAAUCUGCCAUGGGCCCCUGUACCGCCUCCUCAUGCUGCUGCCAGGUCCAGAGUCUCUCAUGGGUCCCUGUACGGCCUCCCAUUGCUGCUGUCUCCAUCGCCACACUCUGCCAUGUGCCACUUUCAGGUCUCCUCACACUGCUGGUGGUUUCCAUUUUUGUCAUAGGGUGCUGUAUGGCCUCCCAUUGCUGCUGCCUCCACCGCCACACUGUGGCUCCACACUCUGGUUUUGGCCCCGUGAGUGCCCAAAUGAGUGAAGUGUGCGGUGAUUCUAAGAUCGACGGCACUCAUCUGCAUGUCAUACUG